AUGAACUCUCGUGCUCACGUACAGCCUUUUUUGAACAAUUCAGUGUCCAUCAGGCAGGAGAUUCAAAGAUUCGAAAGUGUCCAUCCUAGUAUUUAUGCCAUUUACGAUUUGAUUGAUGUUAUACCUGAUGGACUCAUAGCACAACAGAUCAGGGAUCAUGUAGUGUGCAUAGAAGAUUCCUUUGUAAACUCUCAGGAAUGGACACUCUCGCGUACGGUUCCCGAUCUGCGAUUGGGAAUCGUAGGAUCUUUAUCAUCGGGCAAGUCCGCCCUGGUCCACCGCUACCUCACCGGAUCAUAUAUGCAGGAGGAGUCUCCGGAAGGUGGUCGGUUCAAGAAGGAGAUCGUAGUCGACAAUCAGAGCUAUCUGUUGCUUAUUAGGGACGAAGGAGGACCUCCUGAGUUGCAGUUUACUGCAUGGGUAGACGCCGUUAUUUUUGUCUUUAGUCUAGAAAAUGAAUCAUCUUUUAACGCCAUUUUCAACUAUUAUUCCAAGAUGUCACAUUACAGGAACACCGCAGAAAUUCCGUUAAUACUGGUUGGAACCCAAGAUGCAAUAAGUGAAAACAAUCCUCGGGUGAUAGAUGACUCGAGAGCUAGAAAACUGGCCAAUGACCUGAAGAGGUGUACGUAUUACGAAACCUGCGCUACCUAUGGACUUAACGUGGAAAGAGUCUUUCAAGACGCUUGCCAGAAAAUAGUCCAGCAAAGGUUGUCAGCUUCAACUCUGUGCCUAACUCCGACCAAUUCGAGGCCUUCAACACCGAACAAUCAUUACUACCCGGGAGCAGUGUCCAUACAAAGGCAUCUACUGCAAGGCAACAAUGGGUAUUCGCAGCACGGACAAUCACAACCUCAUAUGUCACCAGGGCAUAACUACACCUUGUCCCAUAAGGAACCAACUAGUGUUCAGCAAGUCGAUUUACGUCAAGUCAAUACACUCAAGUCUAAUACGUCGAAUUUUAUUCAUCGAGAAAUUUCAGACAAUAAGGAAUUGAUGUACAAAUCAUCAGACGAAAAGUGGAAUUCUUCAACGUCUACCAUCGAUAGCCAUGUGUCUUCACAGGGAGCAGUGGUACAAGCUCUGGAGAAUAACAACGUGGCGAAAUUCGCAGCUCCCCAUUCAUUAGACAACCUCCAGAACGUUUCCAACGUGAAUAGCAGCUCAAAAGACAACAAGGACAUUCCCACACCUAACUCAACACCGACGACGUCCAGAAAAAGCCGUAGAAGAUCAAAUCUCUUUACACCUAGCAAGAAAGGAGAUGACAAGCUGAAGAACUGCGGAGAUUUCGGUAGCGGAAGAGCCAUUCCUCUAAAACAAGGUUAUCUAUACAAACGAAGCAGUAAACCUUUGAAUAAAGAAUGGAAAAAGAAGUACGUGACCUUGUGUGACGAUGGACGACUGACCUACCAUCCUAGUCUUCACGACUAUAUGGACGAUGUGCACGGAAAAGAAAUUUCUCUGCAGUAUGUUACUGUUAAGGUUCCCGGGCAGAAACCUAGAGGCUCAAAAUCGAUCAUUACAGUGGCUGGUGGUGGGCAUAGUGCUAUUAAUGAAGGUGUUGGGGGAUUAUCUAUUACAGGUAAAGAACGUAAGACUUCAGAUAGAGUUCUUCUUGGAGCCUACGACCCGACUAAAGACGUUAAUUCGAAGUAUGGGGCCCAACAAUUAAGCGGAGAUGAGGGGAUGGUAUUGUCGAGCAGCAAUUCCUUCUUGAAUGGUGAGAUUAUCAAAUCUGAAACACCGCAUGUUAAAAAGAGACAUCGAAGAGUAAAGAGCAGUGGCGUGAAGAACGCAGAAUAUGACGAUACAGACGCUAAUGAGUUCUAUAUUGUCUCAUUGGAUAACAAGCAAUGGCAUUUUGAUGCUACCAAUUCAGAAGAGCGCGACGACUGGGUUGCUGCCAUAGAGCAGCAGAUCCUCAACUCUCUCCAGUUGAACGAGACCUCAAAAGCCAAAACUAACCCUGUGGAGGCCUCGACGAUUCAGUCGAUUAAAACGAGGGUGCCUGGUAAUGGAUUAUGUGUGGACUGUGAUGCGUCAAAUCCUGAUUGGGCUAGCCUGAACCUUGGUGUUUUGAUGUGCAUUGAAUGUUCGGGUAUUCACAGAAACUUAGGAUCUCACAUUUCCAGGGUUCGAUCAAUGGAUCUUGAUGAAUGGCCUCCUGGAAAUCUUGCGGUAAUGCUGGCGAUAGGAAACUCUCUGGCUAACUCCGUAUGGGAAUGUCAGAUCCAAAACCGAUCGAAACCCAAUCCCCAGUCCAGUAGGGAGGAAAGAGAGAAGUGGAUCCGAUCGAAAUAUGAACAUAAGGAGUUUUUGCCGCCUCCGAACAACACGAUGCCGUUAGGACAACAACUUAUAGAUUCUGUUUGUGCAUCAAACAUUAAAGGGAUAAUAAGUGUGUUAGCAAGGGCGAACGUUCAGGAAGUCAAUACAACUGUGGGUCCUAGAGAUCUGAGGACGCCUUUACAUCUGGCGUGUGCAAUGGGAAACUUGGCUGUAGCUCAGCUGCUAAUCUGGCAUAACGCAGACGUGAAGUGCGUAGACCAGGACGGACGCACCUGUCUGGCCUACGCCAAGGCUGCGGCCAGUAUAGCAUUAGCCAAGUCCCAAAGCACGCCUUCAAAUGGAGGAGGCGACCCAGAUGUUUCAGCAGCUGCUUGCAAAGCUCUUGUCGACCUGCUUCUCUCGUACGGUUGCCCCGAGGCAACAACUGUGUCAAUCAGCGGAACGAUCCCGAGGCGGAGACCCACCAAUCAGACUGCCCCUGGCGGACAGUACAAUAAGAUGCCAUCUAGUGUGCUUUGA